GGACCACUGGACAGGCCUCCGCUGCCAUGGCCCAGCCCCUGUGCGCGCCGCUCGCCCAGUCCUGGAUCCCGGGUCCCGCUCGUCGGCCCCCGCUGAUGCCUUCCGACGGGGACAGCGUCUGCUCCCCGGCCUGGUCCUCGGACCCGUGGGACGGAGCCCAGGCCGGCAGCCCCGCACCAUCGUGCGCCCGCCCGGCCCGGCGCGCUGGGAUCCCGGGUAGGCGAGGCUCGCACGGCAGCCGCCUGGGUAGCGGGCAGCGGCAGAGCGCCAGCGAGCGCGAGAAGCUGCGCAUGCGCACGCUCGCCCGCGCGCUGCACGAGCUGCGCCGCUUCCUGCCGCCGUCCGUGGCACCAACCGGCCAGAGCCUGACCAAGAUCGAGACGCUGCGCCUGGCCAUCCGCUACAUCGGACACCUGUCGGCCGUGCUGGGCCUCAGCGAGGACAGUCUGCGGCGACAGCGGCACGCGGACGCGGCGUCACCCCGUGCCUGCCCGCUUUGCCCGGACGGCGGCCCGGCUCAGGCGCAGGCGCAGCCGCUCGGUCUGCAUCUCAGGCCGGCUGCCUGCAGCGGGGUGUCGUGGGGGUCCCCGCCCGCCUGCCCGCGACCCCGAGACAUCGCAGAGCCCUGGGACCCAUCGUUCCCGUACGCCGGGACAGACACAACAUCCUUGGAAAGGCAGGAGAUGGAACCCAGCCCCUCGCCUCCGCUCUUCAGCAGCGAUGUGCUGGCUCUGCUAGAAACCUGGACGCCGCAAGAGUGGCCUCCAGCUUGAACGAUCGAAGGGACAAUGGAUGACUGACACCCCGUCUGAGCACAGUGACUUUUUCUCUUGCCUCCGCACCUUCGAAGCGAGUAUUUCCUGGAAGAGGCAGGCACCAGCGAUACCAACGUGGGCACGCCCUGCUUGGGAGGAGGGACCCAUAGGGUAAACGCUGUAAAACUGAAGCAGGCACGAUACUCUGCUUGGUGUGUAUUUAUUUAUUUGUGAAUAAACCGUUUGUGCUGGU